GCCUAGUGGCUCCAGUAAAUGAUUGUUGUGGUCUGGAAUGGGCCAAGCAGCGUGUCAAAUUGGUUUAAUGUAAUCUGUUAAUCUGGGGGAGUGUCUCGUUUUAACCAAGGACCCCUCUCGGUGUAACCACGCCCAAUCAGCUGUUUCCUCAAGAUCACCGAAACUCAAGUGGAAAAAAACUUUCCCUCGCGUCCGGGUCAGUCUCACGGUAAACCUAUGCUAGACUUCGUUGCUUUUUCUUUUGGGAUUUAAUUUUGGUGCGGUGUUAGUCCAGCAACAAGUAGUGUCAACAUGUCUCUGGCGGAUCUGCAGUGGUGUCCCACAAGCGUCCAGGUAACGGUACUCCAAGCCAGAGGCCUGAGGAUAAAGGGGAAAAGCGGCACCAACGACGCGUACGCGCUCAUGCAGGUGGGCAAGGAGAAGUUUCAGACCUCGGUGGUGGAGAAGAGCGUGGCGCCGGUGUGGAAGGAGGAGGCCGCUUUCGACCUGCCGCCGCUGCUGCCCCUGGGCGGCGGAGGGGGAGGAGGGGGAGGCACGGAACGCUGCACGCUGCAUGUCCAAGUCCUGCACCGGGCCCUGAUGGGUCCGGACAAACUGCUGGGACAGGCUGUCAUCAACCUGCUGCAGCUCAGUGAAGACAAAACCCGCGACAAGACCAUGUGGUUUAAGUUGCUGGACAAGACUGGCAAGGCAGACAAAGACAGAGGAGAGGUGCUUGUGGACAUCCAGUUCAUGAGAAACAACAUGACCGCCAGCAUGUUUGACCUCUCCGCUGCCGGCAAAUCCAGAUCUCGCCUGGGCAAAUUCAAGGACAAAGUGCGUGGCAAGAAAAAGGAAUCUGAUACUGCGUCUAACGUGGUGCCAUCCUUCACCCAGGUCCUGACAGACAGCGAGGAGGAGGGAAACCAGGAGGAAGAUGCUGACAAAGGCGAGAAAAAGAAGAAACCUAAGAUGAAGUCGUUGUUUUCUACCAAGUCUAACCUGCAGAGGAACAUGUCUCAGUCAAUGUCUGUUCUGCCUGCAAAGAACUCCUCACUGAGCGGCAGCCAGUCGUCUGGUCUAAAUGUGGAUUCCUCUGAAGGUAAAAAGAAGUUCAAGUUCCUGAUCCAUAAACGCUCAGGCAGCUCAGACAGCAAAGAUUCCUCCUCUGGUCACCAAAAACAUGGCGCUGCCGAACAGAGUAACUUGUGCAUCAAUGGCAGUCAUGUAUAUUGUGAAGGGCAGCCGCCCCAGACGUCUCGCAUCGGCUCCAACUUCAGUCUGGCCAGUUCAGGCCACGGAUCCAUGGAGGAUGUCCCUGAAAGUUCUCCAUCUGUUGAUUCACUGAGGGCAGUGAAGCAGUAUUCACCAUGGACAGAGGAGGAGGAGGAAGGAGAGCAUAUAAAAGAGGAUGUGGGUGAACUAAGAAGGGAGGAAGAGGAAAGGAUUAGGAGACAAGAAAAAGAGCUUGAGAGGUUGGCUGAGGAGAAGAGACAAGAGGAAGAAGAAAAGGAAGAGAAAGUUAAAAGGGAGGAACUGAUUAGGAGGCAGGAGGAAGAAAGAGCUCAGGAAGAGAGGAGGCAAAAAAAGGAAGAGGAGAGGCUCAGGAGAGAAGAAGAGCGUAAACGAUUAGCGAAGGAAAAGAGGAGACUAGAGGAACAAGAAAAAGAGAAAGUUAGAAAGGAGGAAGAGGAAAGGAUCAGGAGGGAGGAGAGGGUUGAGGAAGAGAGGAUGCGAGAGGAAGAGGAGAGGGUGAGAAGACAAGAGCAUGAGGAAAAGAGGAGACUUGAGGAACAAGAAAGGAGGCGAAGGGAGGAAGAGGAAAGGAUUAGGAUGGAGGAGGAAAGGGCUCAGGAAGAGAGGAGACACGAGGAAGUGGAGAGAGCAAGGAGACGAGAAGAGCAGCGUAAAUUAGCAGAGGAAAAGAGAACGGAGGAAGAAGAGAGGAUUGAGAAAGUUAGAAAGGAGGAAGAGGAGAGGAUCCGGAGGGAGGAGGAGAUGGCUGAGGAAGAGAGGAGGAGACAAGAGAAGGUGAGAAUCCAAAAAGAGUGUGAGGAAAAAAGGAGGCUUGAAGAACAAGAAAGGAGGCGAAGGGAGGAAGAAGAAAGGAUUAAGGAUGAAGAGAAGGCUAGGAGGGAAAAGGAAGACUAUGAGAGAUUAGUAGAGAAAAUGAAACUAGAAGAGGAGGAAGAAAGGAAAAGGAUUGAGGCAGAGGAAAAGAUGAGACAAGAGGAAAGGAUAAGGGUGGAGGAAGAGAUGAGGAAGAAAGAAGAGGAGAGGGUUAGGAGGCAAGAGCGUGAGAAGUCUGCAGAGAAAAAGAGGAUAGAAGAACAAGAAAGGAGGAGAAUUGAAGAGGAAAGGAUUAGGAUGGAGGAUAGGAGACAAGAUGAAGAGGAGACAGCUAGAAAGGAAAAGGAAGAACAUGAGAGAUUGGUAGAGGAAAAAAAUAGACAAGAGGAACGAGAGAGGAGACGGAUUGAGGAAGAGAAGAUUAAAAAGGAGGAAGAGAAGAGGAUUAGGAUGGAGGAGGAAGCUGAAAAGGAGAGAACCGAAGAGGAGGCCAGGAAGCUGGAGAUGGAGAAGUUAAUAAGGGAAGCAGAGGAACAGAAGGACAAUCAAACCAAACCCAACGCUUUAGGGAAGGAACCUCGAGUGGCUGUGGAGAGCCCUGCAGGAAUCCCUUCUAAUCCGUCUGAUGAAAACUUCUCAAAUAAUCCCUUUGAAAAGAUUCCCGACUCUCCUGCUGGGCUCGACAGCAACACAGCCAAGGUGUCAACUAUCCAACAAAGGGUUCAAUCUGCUGCAUCACUGGUGGGAAGCAAGCCCGUUUCCACUGAUGAAAAGAAUCCGAUUAGUACUCAACGGGAGAGGCGGUUGGCUCCACAGCCUCCAGGAAGGAAUCAAGUUGAGAGACAGGCUCAGGGGGAGCAGCAUGGAUCUAUGCCACAUCUGGCACAAAUUAACAAGAAAAGUAAAGACAUCAAAACCGUUCUCCCUCAGCGCUCAGUGCAAAUGAUUGCUCCUCUGAGUAGGUCUCCCACAGAUACAAAGAACACCCAGAGCAUAACGCAAAGUAGUUCCACUAAAGAAACAUCAAAUGGAGCCAAACACAGUAAACGUCCUGCGCCGUCUAGACCUCGUUCUGUGGAAGAAGGGCCAUCAUCUGAUAACAAUACAGCACGGUCUUCUGAUGGCGACAUUUCCCAUGAAUGUGGCUCAGGGGCAAAACAAUUCCCUAUCGUUUAUGGCUUAAAUCCAUUUGAAGACGACGAAGAUGAAAAUGUAGCCCAAGAUGAUGCAACAACUUCUGGCAAUACUGAUUCAGUACAAUGGCCUCCAGUCGUGUCCCAAGCUGCUGAUAAAGAUGCCGCCUCUCAAGUAAAAAUCAAAUCCUCAAAGGCCCGUGCUCCUGCACUUCCUGUGACCAUACCUGAUAACAGUGCAUGUGACCCCGAGUCAGAGGCCAUUAGUCCUGUGCAUGUCCAGGAGGCUCCGCUACAUGAGUCCCAGCCUGCGGCAGUGCAGAGUGCUGGGGAGGAAGCAGGUGGCAAGAAGGAGGGGCCUCCUAUUACUUUACGCAGGCUUCAACCUGUAAAACCCCUUAAUCCUAUGAAACAGCAGUCUGUUUCAGUUGUUCCAGGGGAAAAUGAUAACAAGUCCACUGGAAUCCUGUGUCAAGUUCAGGAGAAAAAGGUAAAGGACACUGGACUAAAAGGGCCCUACUCCCAGCUGACUCGGGAGGAACUCAUCUCUCUGGUGCUCAAACAAGAAACCCAGCUGUCCGAGAGAAACAAAAAGAUAUCGGAGCUGGAGCAGUACAUUGACAACUUGCUUGUGCGCGUCAUAGAAGAGAAACCAAGUAUUCUCAUGUCCCUGAACUCUCUGAAGAAAGCUGCCUAGGUGGAUUCUCAGCUGACCGUUUUUUAUUUCCACUGUACCUAAUCCGUUCAGACACAGUAAUCUGACAUUACCACACCAGAUACUUCACAAUACUUGUGGAUUAUAAUAUGGAAGGUAACUAGAGUAAAGGUUUAGGUUUACAAGGCUUGAACAGUGGCGAUCAAGUUCCCCAUACAGGCAAAUGAAUAGUGAUGAAGACUUAAUGUUUUAAGACAUCUUGCAGACAUUGUUUAAUCUUCAGAUAAGAGCUUCAAUUGGAGGAUUAUAUACAUUUUCAAUCAAAGAGGUUAAGUACAAGAUAUGCUACAUCAUCUACAUAUUUAGAACUAUUUUUGACACUUUGCUACAGUAUGUAUGUCUGAAGCUGAAUCAACCUCUUUUUUUUGUAUUUGUUAUAACUAUUUUCAUGUUGAGCAUAAAUUUCUAGAAUCUACUUUGAUGAUUGUUGCCAACAUACUUGUCAGACUUAAUUGCUGUAUUUAAUGGUAUUAAGAAACUGCAUCUUGUCUAUAUCCAAUAUGAAAGCCUUAUUUUACUGUCAAAACUAUGCACUUAUGUCUUCCUCUUCUACUGAAGGUCUAUGUUUACAUGAUUCCACUAACCCCCCCCCCCCC